GCGGCACGCGGCUCGGCGGCCAGUCUGAUUCCUCGUCGCAGUGCGAUACGGUCGAUAGAGGUGAGCCACGUAACGCAACCACAGUGGUUGCGGUGAAUUGCAGUGACAAAGCACCGUAUGGCAUACUCGAAAGAAUCACCCUCGCCGCCCCGUUAGCCACUUUACGCGCUCUUCCACCCUCUCGAUUUCGGGAUGAGCUUCUCGUUCAGUCCGCUCGCGGAUGCUGAAGAGAUCGCCGCCACGUGAACGUAAGAGUGACGUUAGAGUGCAAUUCUCGGAGUAUCGGGAUUAUGACAACAAAUUUUAUCGCGUGUUAACGUAGGAUGAUCUUUUAGUUCUUUCCUUCAUUCUGCGGAAGAAUUUAUAUCUUCACAUUUAUGAACAUGAUUAAGCUACACGAGGACUUUCGUUGACCGAAAGUUAUCGCGAAAACUGUUGACAGUUCUGUUUUUUUUUUUUUUGCGAAUAAAAUUCAGAAUAAUUUUGUAUUUCUUGAAUAAACGUCGUUCACUGUCGACCUUGUAAUAAAGAUAACAAGCUGUCUAUGCAUUUAUAUAAGUUUCUAAAGCUGUUUGAAAAACGGAGAAAUUUACAAGUGUAUGAGGAAUCCUUAACGAAUCAUCAGAGAAAUCGGAAACGACCGAUUUGCCACGAUCACGUAAAUCCUUUUAUUUUACGUGUGGAAGUCGACAGUUGGAAAAUUACGGUUGACAAGAUUUGCACAGAUCAUCCAUCGAUCACUCUGGAAUUUCCUGACGCGAAACCGUGACACAACCGUGACAUAAAUUCGCGGCAAAAAAAGGAGGUAAAAGAAUUGUCGAAAAACUGUACGACGAGGAAGGUAUACAAACAAACACGCUUGAACGAAUAUCAACCAACGGAUAAAGCUUCGUGCAAACAGAGGUGAUAAUGUCACCAUGCCGUGACAUUGAACGCUGCUGUGGAAAUUGUUUACGUAUCUCGGGCCGGCAUUGAUAUCAAGACACUCUACUGAAUUUACGACACGAGUUCACGAUCAGAAUUCUGAUCAGAAGAGAAAAUACCGUCUCUUUGUCGACUGAUAAAUUCAUCGCGAUUCAUUCUAAUCUAAAGAGCCACAGUUUAUUUGCCGAGCAAAUCUACGGAACCAGUCCGGAAUAAUGCUCUCAAUUAUCUCGAAGCUAGCAGACUCGUCUUCUGUCAGAUAUCCUCGAGAUACCACCGAGUCGACGUGAGAAGAGAACGCGUGUGAACUACAAAGCUGCAACUUGAGGGUGGAUGGUCGACGUGGACAAAGAGACGCCCGCCAAGUAUCGAUCGACCUGUAUCUUGAAGAGGAUGCUCCCUUCGGUUUCAUAGAAGUAGAGUGCAUAUCGUAGCGCAUCACGCGUCGCGAGGGCAGAAACGCAACGAGGAUAGAGCUAGAGGGUGAACGAGGGAGAAGGAAAGAGACGGCCUGCAGCAGGCGACGUCAUGGACAAUCGAUUUACUGUCGACCAUCACCCUCCCGCGACAACCACCCGACGCAGUGCAAUGACCUCUAAACCGGGAAGAGCCUAUAAUGUGAGAUCUCCGCGAAUCGGAGGUCCUCUGUCGCAGUCCCUGGCUAUGAUUCCUCCGACCAUGCACGGACACGAGUUUAAUCAGCCCCUGUCGAGAGUAGUCAUGGUCCGUAAAACGGAUCAAAGAACCUUCAGCAAAGGCAGACGAGGCGGUGAACCUCUUUUGGAAACUGUUACCAGGGAAACCGUCGAACUCUUCAACGGCGGCCGAGCAGAAAGGAAGUAUACUUCCGAAACGAGAGAUAUUGUUACACCAAAAUCAAACAGUAUGCCGUCGCUCAACGUGCAAGGAACGAAAAAGAAGGUGGUCGGUUUUGUCGAUCAAGUGUCGCCCGAAAGGUCGAGGACGGACUCGGUAAGAUCGAAGUCCCCGUUGACGGCGUCGCCGGCAUCACCGGGUCCGUUGUCGAAUUCCUUGCACGGUAGUUUUCACGGCAGUCUAGGAAGCGAUGGCAUGUCCUGCAGCAGCGCCAGGUCCUCCUCGGCGUCUCCUGAUUCCGCGAGAUACUCGUCCUCACAGAUAACAAAGACUGACACGCGUAAACCGUCUGUGCGCAGAUCGGGGCCUCCGAAGGAAUUCAUCAACGUCUGCCUCGACACGCACAAUUUCUACCGAUCACGGCAUGGAGCACCACCAUUACGACUCAGCAAACAGCUGUGCAAGACAAGUCAAGACUGGGCUAACAUAUUAGCGGCUAGGGGUAGAUUAGAACACAGGGCGAACAUUGACUAUGGAGAAAAUCUGUAUUGUAUAUGGAGCUCCAAUCCGAAAACUAUCGUCGGUGGCGAAGAGCCAGUAAAUGAAUGGUAUGCUGAAGAAACUCAGCAUCAGUAUGGAAAGGAGCCUACAACGUUGAAGACUGGUCACUUCACUCAAGUGAUCUGGAGAGACAGUACUGAAUUAGGAGUGGGAAUGGCUAGGAAUCGAAAUGGUGAAGUUUACGUUGUGUGUAACUACAAUCCCGCUGGAAAUUUCUUAGGCAGUUUUACGGAGAAUGUUCUUUCACCUGUGGAGACUAGUCCUGCAAAACGAAUUAAUUUUACCGACUUUAAGCAACAGUAUACGAUGAACGAGCAAGCGUGGCAGCAGGAAGCAUUGCUGGUUCACAAUGAGUACAGAAGAAAACAUCGUGUGUCGGACCUGAGAUUGAGUCCGGAAUUAACGGCUGCUGCCAAGGCUUGGGCGAACACAUUGCUAAACACAAAUAAAUUAAUACCUCAAUCUUCGUCUUCAUACGGCGAAAAUAUAUAUUCGAUGCAGUGUUCCGAUCCCAAACUGAUCGUCUCUGCGCGUGAAGUCAUUUCAAAGUGGUAUUCCGAGAAGAAAGAGCAUAAAUUUGGCGUCGAGCCGAAAGUUCUCAAUACAUGUCAUUUUACCCAAAUCGUCUGGAAAAACACGACUGAAAUGGGUAUUGCUAUGGCCAAACGAGAUGGUACGUGUGUUAUAGUGGCAUGUUACCAUCCAAGAGGUAAUAUAGUAGGACAGUUUACUGAAAAUGUAUUAAAACCUAUAAAAAAUGUCUGUUAGCUGAUUAAGGUCCUUUUGUCGAUAAUAUAUUUAAGCUUUAUUUAAGCUGUAUUUAUGUAUCGUACAGAUGACGUUACGCAUAAUAUACAUAUGUAAUGUACAUAUGACACUUUGUGCAUACACGUAGAAUAAAUACAUUCCACGUACACAUAUUUAUAA